AAGGUCAUUUGCUCCUGCUUGAGUCACAGUCCUGCUUCUCUUCAUCUUCUGGAAAGACUUGGGAAAUUUGCUGCCAUGGGAACCUCAGACAAAUGGCAGCAACCUAACACGGCGGUCUCAAGAUUUACAAAACGCUCCCCUAAUUUCUCUAGAUGGGCAGAUAUUUUGUGAGGGUGCGGUGAUGGAGAGAUGAUCGCACACUUCGGGGUCCCUCAUGGUAGGACUACUGGCUUUCCUAGGGUUUGGAGGCUAUUUGGCCCGGGCAAGCCACCUCGACCGAGCAAACCCCUUCUGACCGUACCAUCUACUUGUCCAUGAGGGAGAGCAGAAGAAUGGAUCAUAGCUCAGACCAAAAUGAGUUGCGAGACAUAGCCCGUUCAUACAGUGGGAAAAGACUGGCACAGUUAUGCAAGGAAGUAUUUCUGAAUUCCUUGUCUUAGCCUUUGCCUCUAUUUUUUGAUCCGCUCUCCUCGUCUUCGCUGACUCCCCCGCGGUUGUGAACCGUUGGUUUCGGCCGCGCCGGCUCCCGUUUAAUCACGUGCUCCUCCUGUCCUCUGCGAACCUGCGUGUGUGAAUUACCGAGGGGCCAGAGACAUGGCAGCUCUACUGAGACCCGCUCGCUGGCUCCUCCGAGAGGGGGCCAGGAUCUCCCCACUCUUCCCAUUCCCCUUACGUCACCUCACGUGCCAGGCAGGCUUCCCGCGAGCUGCCGCCGCUCUAGCGCGCUCCGAGUCUCUUGCGAGACCACUGAUCAAUGAAACCAGAUUAUAUUCAACUGUGGCUCAGAAAAAGAGUGAUCUUCAAGAAGAAUCCAUUUCCAUUUACAAAAAACAGCUAAACCAGUUUGAUUGGGCUUUGACAAAGCUAGAUAAUUCUGUCCGAAGAACAGGACGAAUCCCUAAAACCCUUCUACAGAACAUUUUUCAUGACGUAUGUAGAUCAGGAAAUCCAAGUAGUAACCUGGCUUUGCUUUUGCUGCGUAGCUGUGGUUCUUUAUUACCUGAACUAAAACCUUCAGAACGAACAGAAUUUGUCCAUAGGAUAUGGAACAAACUACAACAGUUGGGUGUGACAUAUGAUAUAAGCCACUACAAUGCUUUACUUAAAGUGUAUCUUCAGAAUCAACAUAAAUUGUCACCAACUGAUUUUUUGGCAAAAAUGGAAGAAGCAAAUAUUCAGCCCAAUAGAGUUACAUACCAGAGGCUGAUUGCUGCUUAUUGUAAUGAAGGAGAUAUUGAAGGUGCCAGCAAGAUUCUUGGGUUUAUGAAGACAAAAGAUCUUCCAGUCACAGAAAUAGUAUUCAGUACACUUGUUACGGGGCAUGCAAGAGCUGGGGAUAUGCAAAAUGCAGAAAAUAUACUUUCAGUGAUGAGAGAAGCAGGAAUUGAACCUGGUCCAGAUACUUAUUUAACAUUACUGAGUGCAUAUGCUGAGAAAGGCGACAUUGACAAUGUUAGAAAGACUUUGGAAACGAUAGAGAAGACUGAUAACUACCUCAUGGACAGAGAUUUAAUGCAAAUUAUCUUUAGCUUCAGCAAGGCUGGAUAUCCUCAAUAUGUCUCAGAAAUUUUGGAACGCAUGAAAUAUGAAAGAAGAUAUAUUCCAGAUGUGAUGAACCUCUGUUUGAGUUUAGUGACAGAACGAUUGGAGGAUGUAGCAAUGCAAAUUUUAAUGUCAUGUCCAAAAUCAGUCUUGGAGAAUACACAAGAAAAUUCUUCAAACCUAAACAACUUUGGCAAUUUUUUUUUACAACAUUGCGUCACUAUGAAUACGCCUUUCAACAAGUUGGAAGAAUUUUGUCAGAAGUUGAAGGAAGAGAAGCUACAUGUUGCCCCAUUACAGUUCUCAUUGUAUUGUGCCCUUAAAGACAGGAAAACUGCUUUGGCAGCUGACCUCAUGAAGGCAAUGAAGGAACAGAAAACUCCUAUAAGACCACACUAUUUUUGGCCAUUGCUAACUGGACAUCAAAAGAACAAAAAUAUUCAAGGCAUUAUUGAAAUUGUCCAAAAAAUGCAUGAGUUGGGAGUAAAUCCUGAUUCUGAAACAUAUGGGAAUUAUGUCUUUCCCUCUUUUGAUAGUAUACAAUCAGCACGUUCUGUAUUGCAGGAAAAUGAGUGUCCAGUUAAUGAAGACUUGUUCUUUUUAGCUGAAUUGAGGAAUGAAGCAUUAAAUGGAAACCUUGAAAAGGUCUUAUCAUUAUUGGAAUCCUCUAAAUCACCUUUGGACUUGAAUUCUUUUAGAGGGAGUCUAAUUUUAGGCUUUAGGAGGUCUAAUGAUAUCAGUCUUUGGAGUAAGAUAACAGAACACUUGUACACGGAUGGACGUUAUUGCCAGGCACCUCCAGGACCAACUGAAGCUGUUGGCUAUUUUCUUUAUAACUUGAUUGACAGCAUGAGUGACUCAGAGGUACAGGCCAAGGAGGAGCGUUUGAGACAAUACUUCCAUCAGCUGAAGAAGAUGAAUAUAGCAAUUCCUGAAAGAAUCUUCAAAGGCAUUCGUAAUCGGCUGAACAGCCAUCAUGUUCCUGAAUUAAUUAAGGAUGCGGCCCUGUUGGUUGACAGAGAGACUUCAGACUCUUCAAAAUUUUUGAUGGCAAAAGCAGGUGACUUGGAACAGAAACUUGAAAAUCUGAAAACUGAAAAACAACCCAUAGGAGAUGUUUUAAAGCAACUCAUACUGCUCCUGUGUUCAGAAGAGAAUUUACAGAAAGCCCUUGAAAUAAAAACAAAAUAUGAAUCUGACAUGGUUGUUGGUGGUUAUGCAGCUUUAAUAAAUCUAUGCUGUCGACACAAUAAUGCAGAAGAUGCAUUGAACCUGAAACAGCAAAUAGACCGAAUUGAUUCAUCAGUUUCCCUUGACCCUGGCAAAUAUUUGGCUCUUGUGAAAGUCUUGGUGAAACAUGACCGACUCCUAGAUGCUAUUAACAUUCUAAAGGAGAUAAAAGAGAAGGAUGUUCUUCUCAAAGACAGACUUGCCUUUUUCCACAUCCUAAAUGAAGCAGCCUUACUAGGAAAAGUUGAAACAGUUAAGCAGUUACAUGAAACCAUCAUGACCCUGGGGUUAGCAAAACCAAGCACUUCUCUAUGUUCCCCCUUGGUUACUCUUCACCUUGAAAAGGAUGAUAUACCUGCAGCUCUUGAAGCCACUGUUGACUGCUAUAAAAAAUACGGCAUAAUGCCCAAGAUCCAUGAAGUCUUAUGCAAACUGAUAGAAAAAGGAGAAACAGAUUUAAUUCAAAAAGCUAUGGACUUUGUGACUCAAGAGCAAGGGGAAAUGACAAUGCUCUAUGAUCUCUUCUUUGCCUUCAUGCAGACAGGAAAUUACAAAGAGGCCAAGAAGAUCAUUGAGACACCUGGCAUUAGGGCUCGUCCUGGGAAACUUCAGUGGUUUAGUGAAAGAUGCAUUUCAUCAAACCAGGUUGAAACCCUGGAGAAAUUGGUGGAAUUGACACAGAAACUAUUUGAAUGUGACAGAGACCAAAUGUACUACAAUCUUCUAAUGCUCUGCAAGGAAAACAAUGACUGGCAGAGAGCUGAUGCUGUUUGGACUAAAAUGCAAGAAGAAAAUAUUAUUCCUCGUCAGAAAACAUUGAAGUUAUUGGGCGAAAUACUUAGAGAUAACAAUCAGGAGGUUCCAUUUGAUAUACCCACGUUGUGGUAUGAUGACUCAGUUGAAGCUGAUUCCCACCACGCCAUGCUACCUCCACCCCCAGAUAUGUUCUUAAGGAAAGAUCUGCUGAACGCGUGCCAGAACAAGAAAAGUGAAGAUGCAUAUGCUAUUUUCCUGGAGGCACAGAAAAAGAAUCUUGUGUUUUCUUCACUUAUUUAUUCCUCACUCAUAAAAUUAUUAUUGGCUAAUGGUAGUCUUGAGGAAGCCUUGAAUGUGAAAGAAGUUGCUGAGACCCACAUCAAGGGCUUCACACUGAACGAUGCUGCCAGCAGCCUUCUCAUCAUAACGCAAGUUAGGCGGGAUUAUUUGAAAGAUGCUUUGACUACAUUAAAAGCAACCUUAGAUUCUGAUCAGUUACCUUCUCCACUCUCUGUUACUCGCCUCAUUCAAGCCCUGGCUUUAAAGGGUGAUAAAGAGACUAUACAAGUCAUCGAAAAGAUGCUACAGGAUGUUCAAAAUCCAAUUCGUCUUUCAAGCAUGGUUUUUAUCAAUAAUAAUGCCCUUGCUGAAAUAAAGAACAACAACCUGGAUGCUGCAGUUAACUAUCUUGAGUCUUUAUUUACUUCUGGGUUUCUGAGCUCUAAUAAGCAACAGUCAAGUAUUGCCUAUUUGUUGAGAAAAGUAAUUGAAGAGCAGUUGGAACCAGCCGUUGAGAAAUUGAGUAUCAUGGUGGAGCGAUUGGCCCAUCAGUUUGGACACUACCGACCCGUCACGGAUCUGUUUCUUGAGUACAUCCGUUCAGGCAGGAUGGAUGAUGCGAGAGCUCUUCUGCAGAGGUGUGGUGCAAUAGCCGAACAAACUCCAGUCCUUUUGGGAUUUUUUCUUAAGAAUUCUAAGAUCCAAGGACAGACCCACAUUCUCAAGUCCUUAUUAGAGGUGAUUCCUGACUUAACUUUAAAUCCAGAGAUCUACAGUUUCCUCAUGAGAAGCUACGGAUUAGACAGAGACACAGCUUCUGCAAAAGCCCUAUAUGAGGAAAUGAAAGCAAAGAAUAUAAAAAUGGACAAUAUAUUCCUAAAACAGUAUGCUAUUUUGCUGAAGAAUGCUGGUGAGCCUGUCCCUUUCACGGAACCCCCUGAAAGCUUCAAAUUCUACAUCGAGCAAAUGAAGCAAGAAGUCCUGGCUCCGGCUCCUUCGUGAGGUGGCGCAAUUACACGUUGCUUAGUUUUUAUUAAUUCUGUGACGGAAACAUUGUUUUAAAAUGUGUUUGUCAGGACAAAAUGGGAAAUUAAUUUUGCUUAUGUACUUUUAUUUACUGAAUCUACCACAGGCUCCACAUGUGUCAAUUGUAUCAUUAAUAAAUUCAACAUGUUUACUCCA